AUGACGUCCUUAUUGACACUCCCGGCAAUGUGUACUCUCGUCGCUGUGUACAAACGAAUGCCGUUAAAAAUAAUCUUCGUCGCCGCUUAUCUGUGUUCAUUGACAUUGCUCAUUGAUACAAAACCACAAGUGCUCAGUAUUCCAGUUACGCGUCACGUUGACAACGAACAAGUAAAAUCAUCAAAAGCACUAGUUGGUAAUGAGAAUAUAACUAACCAAGGGAAUGCUUUUUGGACUGGAAGUAUUAGUAUUGGUACGCCACCGCAAAGUUUUAUUAUUGAUUUCGAUACGGGUUCAAGCGAUCUGUGGGUGCCGAGUGCUUCAUGUACAGGGUCAUCUUGUGCAAAUAAGAAUAAAUAUAACAGUGCACAGUCAAGUACCUAUCGUGCAAAUGGUUCUCCGUUUUCGAUCCGCUACGGUGAUGGUUCGUAUGCUGUGGGGCAUUUUGAUAAUGAUACAGUCACAUUUGGUGGAUUACAAGUUAAAAAUCAGGUGUUUGCGGAAGCUACUAGUGAAGGGGGUUUUGAAGGUAGUAUAAGCGAUGGACUGUUAGGGUUGGGAUAUCAGCGAAUAAGCAAUGGUGAAGCACCUGUAUUCUAUAACAUGUGGGCACAAAACUUAAUACCGCAGGCACUCUUCUCAUUUUACUUUAAUCCGAUUAUAAGUUCAGGUGGUGAGUUAAUUUUGGGUGGUAUUGAUACAGGAAAAUAUCAAGGUCUAAUCACUAUUUCGGUCGGUGGACGAACGUUUUGUGUUAACUGUUCCGCCAUUGCAGAUACGGGUACUACAUUGAUUCUUGGACCAACUGCACAAGUUCAAGCAUUAAAUACAUACCUGGGUGGCACGUACGAUCAAUCGAGUGGAUACUGGACAAUACCUUGUAUGAAUAGAAGUACAUCAUACUAUCCAAAUGUAACGUUUACAAUUAGUGGUCAAAUGUUAACACUGAAUGUCUUACAAUAUGUCGUAGUAUGGGGCCGCACUGGUGCCUGGACAUGUGGUCUUGUAUUUGUAAACGCAUCACUUACAGAUCUUAAAGGAGCUCCGUUCUGGAUUUUAGGUGAUUAUUUUCUUGUACGCUACUAUUCAAUCUAUAAUUUACAAACGAAUCAGGUUGGUUUUGCUAAAUCCAUAUCGUACAAUGUAUUCAAUUCAUGGUACUAUGAUUACACACUGUUUCCAAACGUGACAGCACCGCCAACGGCAGCCAGUACCACCACUAGUGGAACGACAAUACAAGCUCCACCAGCACAAGUACAAGAACGACAACUUCGACAAGUACAAGCUCCACCAGCACAAGUACAAGCACGACAAGUAGGUCUAUAA